GGCGGCGGCGAGGCCCUUUAGCUCGCCGCCAUUUUGAGCAGCGGGCUCUGAGCAGCAGCAGCGGCAGCCGGCGCAUCUCUUUUUCUCCGCCUUCCCCACCACCACCACCAUGUCGCGGGAUCGGUUCCGUAGCCGAGGCGGCGGCGGAGGGGGCUUCCAUCGGCGCGGCGGCGGCGGCGGCCGCGGCGGCCCCAACCACGAUUUCCGCUCUCCGCCGCCCGGCAUGGGCAUGGGCCAGAACCGCGGGCCUAUGGGGGGCGGCCCGCAGGGUCCAGGCGGCCCUCCGGGCGGGGGCCCGAAGUCUGAACCGCCGAAGCCUCCAGCGUCGACCUCCGCUCCGCCGUCCUCGUCCUCUUCAUCCUCCGCCACCACAGCGGGCCCCGCCGGCAGCCAGUCCGGCCCCGGGGCGCCUCCUCCGUCCGCCCUGCCCGCGGGGCAGCCGCCGCAGCAGCAGGCCCAGGGCUCCGCGCCCUCCUCCGCUCCCUCCGGCCCCGGGGGGCAGCAGCAGCCGCAGCCCAAGCCGAGCCCCAGCCCCACCCCGGCCGGCGGCCCUAAGAAAGGACAAGGACAGUCGCCCGGCGGCGGGCCCAAGGGGCCGGGCGGGCCGCAGCAGGGGCCGGGCGGGCCUCACAAGGGCGGGCCGGGCCACCGCGGCGGGCCGGGCGGGGAACCGCGGGGCCGCGGGCAGCAGCACCAGGGACAGCAGAGCCUCUCCUCGCAGCAGGGCCCGGCCGGCGGCGACAAGCUUUCGGACGAGGGAUUUAAGGCAAACCUCUCACUGCUGAGGAGGCCCGGGGAGAAGACUUACACUCAGCGGUGCCGUUUGUUUGUUGGCAAUUUGCCUGCCGAUAUAACAGAUGAAGACUUUAAAAGAUUGUUUGCCAAAUAUGGGGAGCCGGGAGAGGUUUUUAUCAACAAAGGAAAAGGCUUUGGAUUCAUUAAGUUGGAAUCUAGAGCUCUGGCAGAAAUCGCAAAGGCAGAACUGGACGACACCCCCAUGCGGGGCCGACAGCUCCGCGUUCGGUUUGCCACGCACGCUGCCGCUCUGUCAGUGCGUAACCUUUCGCCUUACGUGUCCAACGAGUUACUGGAGGAGGCUUUCUCCCAAUUCGGUCCAGUGGAGAGAGCUGUUGUGAUUGUAGAUGAUCGAGGUAGAUCAACGGGAAAAGGCAUUGUUGAAUUUGCAUCAAAGCCAGCUGCCAGAAAAGCGUUUGAGCGGUGUACUGAGGGAGUGUUCUUGUUGACAACUACUCCUAGGCCAGUUAUUGUGGAACCACUGGAGCAACUGGAUGAUGAAGAUGGUCUUCCAGAAAAACUUGCUCAGAAGAACCCGAUGUAUCAAAAGGAAAGAGAGACUCCUCCCCGCUUUGCUCAGCCUGGCAGUUUUGAGUUUGAGUAUUCCCAGAGAUGGAAAUCUUUAGACGAAAUGGAAAAACAGCAGAGAGAACAAGUGGCAAAAAACAUGAAAGAUGCCAAGGACAAACUUGAAAGUGAGAUGGAAGAUGCUUAUCAUGAGCAUCAGGCAAACCUCUUGCGUCAAGACCUUAUGAGGCGUCAGGAGGAACUGAGGCGUAUGGAAGAGCUCCAUAAUCAAGAAAUGCAGAAACGCAAGGAAAUUCAGCUCAGGCAGGAGGAGGAGCGCCGCAGACGGGAGGAGGAAAUGAUGAUCCGCCAGCGAGAGAUGGAGGAACAAAUGAGAAGACAGAGGGAAGAGAAUUAUAGUAGAAUGGGUUAUAUGGAUCCCAGGGAGAGAGACAUGAGAAUGGGUGGUGCCACCACAAUGAACAUGGGAGAUCCUUAUGCUUCUGCAGCCCAGAAAUUUCCACCUCUCGGAGGUGGUGGCGGCAUAGGUUAUGAAGCUAAUCCAGGAGUUGGCCAAGCAGCCAUGAGUGGUUCUAUGAUGGGAAGUGACAUGCGUCCUGAACGCUUUGGGCAGGGAGGUGCGGGGCCUGUGGGUGGCCAGGGUCCUAGAGGAAUGGGGCCUGGAACACCAACAGGAUAUGGUAGAGGGAGAGAAGAAUACGAAGGCCCAAACAAAAAGCCCCGAUUUUAGAUGUGACCUGUAGUUUCAUUCCAGUUUGUUUUGUCUGUCUUGUUUAGACACCAACUUUUUAAUUCUUGCAUUUUAGUAAGAAAGCUACGUUUUUAUGGAUGUUAGAAACUUACUGACCUAAUAUUUGUAAGUGGUCUGUUUGGGCAAGUACAACUUAAUUAUGUAAUGCAGUGUUUCAAAACAAGUUUAGCUGUUUUUUUGAUGUAUAACGUCCCUAACUUGAUGGCAGUGUACAUUGUGCCACUGAAUUCCCAAAGUGUACCAACUUUUUUUUACUGUGCUUCAAAUAAAUAGAAAACUAAAUGUAGUAACUUCUCUUGCCAUUCAUGGUUAAAUUAAGAGGCUAAGUACCACACCUUCGGCAGUAAACUGAGAGUCUUGCCAUAGAGAUUUAACUAGACCAGGGUGUGGAACUGUAGUGAAGAGUUGAGAUCUCUUCCUGCAAUGCCUCUAGCUUAAGACUGGGACAAGUAGUAGCUUAACUGCCCAGUAGGCGCAGAUUUUUGAACAUUGUGCUGCAAUGAGAAAGAAAAUGAAAAUCUUGCAGAUGCUGUAAGAUAACGGUAAUGAAAGCUACGCUGCAAGUAAUGCAGUAUGUAAAGAAUUUCAUAUCUUAGCUAUGGAUGAUGGGUGGUGGGAUGGUUGCGCUUACCACCUUGGCAGUUACUGCUUGAUACCUUCUAAAGACUUUAAGCAGAAGACUAGCAAUGGUUAUUUUAAAAUAAAUCCAUAGAAAGA